CCUAUACUACCGCUUAUUAAAUAAACAGAACAAUAAGUAUACAUAAAUUUGUGACAACAAUUUACGGCUUAGAGCGAAGAAAACUUUGUCGUGUUGAUAUUUCUCAGUAAGUUAAUAACGUGACGCUGAUAAAACGUAGUUUUGUUCUAAACACGGACACUUGUAAGAUUAAUCGCUUAAUGUAGUUGAAAGAUAAAUAUGUAUCUGAGAUUGUAUGUGGUCUAUAUGUAGCGAUGAUUUUAAACAAAUUUUCACUUUUGGUUGUGUUUAUUGUUACUUUGAUUCGGAUAACAGUCUCGUUAAGAACGAUCCCAUACUCGAUUCAACCAUACCAACUACCGUACCUCAGCAUUGGAGCGAUCGAUACACAAGCUUACUUGGUGGAGGAAUUCCAACAUUUCUACAUCCACGUGGACGAUGAUAAUGGUGAAGUGCAAUUGGAGUCAAUGCAAUAUAAGGGUCGUUACUUGAGGCAUAAACUGUGGAGAUAUUACGUAGAAGAAUUCGACGGUUCGGCUACUUUUUGGCCAGAUACAAAACAUCGGUUUAAACAAAACGAGUUCUACCCUGGUUUCGUAUCAUUUGAAUCGGUGUUGUUUCCUGGAUAUUUCCUACACCAUCGCGGGGAAAACCGAGUGCUCAAAAUAGCGGCUCCCGAUGGUUCCGAAAGUUUUAACGAAUCUGCAUCAUUUAAACUCACAUUCCCACCUUCAGAACCAGUUGGCCCUGCUGAUAUUCUACCAGAGUUCCAACCUUGCCCACCAAUAGAUGCGAUGACAACUUCACCUUUGGUUGAAACAACGCAUGAACCAACUAACCAACCGACCAUAAACACGACAACAACAAAUAACAUAACAACACCACCAACAAAUAAUGAAAAAUCAACCACAAAACAACCGGAUAAUGAGACAACGAAUGCGCCAACGCCACCAAAUGUUGUUGGUGGUGGGGGUAUUCUCAACCCAGUCGAACAAAACAGAUAAUCGAAAGGUUGAUCAGAUUCGAAAUUCCAAACUUUUUUUACCAACACAACUACAACUGUACUGUGGUCGGACACUUUUAUCACAUAAUAUCCAAAUAUCCUGAUCGUGUUUAAACAAUUAACAACGGUUUAUAUGGGGUCGUGAAGAUACAGUUUUAUAAUUCUUUAAAUGUUGCUUGUUUACUACCAAAUGGAAUGAGGAAACAGUUUGAAAGGUGUCCCAUCUUCCCCACCCUAACUAUACCAACAAGUAUACAUCGAUUCUGCGAAAAACAGCUAGUUAAAUCUGCUCAUUAUUGUUCGAUUUUCGUGGCUCAGUUACAUUUCCCCUAUAGCUUUAUGUCUUACUUAUGCAAACAUGUUCUUCGGAGUUUCAAUAAUCAGAAUACUAACUGAACAAAUUCUAUUACACAUAAUACUAAUUUCAACAAUGAAGCGACAGUUGUUUAACAAUAUUUUAUAUUGCUACACUUCAUUUGAAACUUUAAAUGUAACCAUGUAUAUAUUGCCUUUAUUCGUUGACAAACAUUACAAGAAAAUUAAAGUCAAAUUAAGCU